UCUCCAUCUUUCUUCCCUCACUCACACUCCUGCUCUCGCUCUGCUGGGUAUGGCAUGUAUUUGAGCGGGUGCACUCCUGUUUACAUGCAUGCCUGCAUCUGGGACAGACUCUCGCGCAUUCUGUGGACUGAAGAUGCUCAUGCUCCCCACUCUGAGAUUUUUCUGGAUGCUUUGCUUGCUUUGAGGAAUUGUGUGCCGUUUUAGUUUUCCCUCUCACUCAUUGAAUUCUUCAAAGGCCUCCUGUGUGCCACCCUGCCACUCUGGAGCGAUUCGGAUCUAGGCUGCACUCCGGCAGGAUGGAAUUGCCAAAUUUAGACUCCACCGCAUGACGUUUCUGCAGGUUACCAUCAAAAUGGUGGCCAGAGAGGCAAGUGGGCACAGCUACCUGGUGGCGUGCUGGCAGCCCAUUCUCAUCCUGAUGCUGGGUACCGUGCUGUCCGGAUCUGCCACUGGCUGCCCCUCUCGCUGUGAGUGCAGUGCCCAAGAGCGCUCGGUCGUGUGCCAUCGGCGGAAGCUGAUCGCCCUCCCUGAGGGAAUUCCCAUUGACACGCGGCUGUUAGAUCUCAGCAAAAACCGCUUGAAAGCCAUCAACCCGGAGGAAUUCCUCAACUAUCAACACUUGGAGGAGCUACAGCUGAAUGAGAACAUCAUUUCUGCCAUUGAACCAGGGGCCUUCAGCAACCUCCUUGGCUUGCGAAUAUUGGGACUACGCAACAACAAGCUGAAGCUGAUACAGCUUGGUGUUUUCACUGGCCUCAGUAACCUCACUCGAUUAGAUAUUAGUGAGAAUAAAAUAGUAAUUUUGUUGGACCUUGUGUUUCAAGAUCUCUACAACCUAAAAGAACUGGAGGUUGGAGACAACGACCUGGUGUUCAUCUCUCACAGAGCUUUUCAUGGCCUUAGCAGCCUAGAGCAGCUCACUAUGGAAAGAUGCAACCUGACCUCUGUGCCAACAGAGGCCUUCAGUCAUCUUCACAACCUGCUGACCCUCAGACUGCGACAUCUCAACAUCAACAUCAUUCGAGACUUUUCCUUCAGGAGGCUAUAUCGACUCAAAUUCUUAGAGAUAGCAAACUGGCCUCUAUUAGAAACCUUGACCACCAAGUCCCUCCAUGGACUUAACAUCACAACCUUGAGCAUAACAAACUGCAAUCUCACUGCCGUCCCUUAUGAGGCCAUUCAGCACCUUGUGUACCUUCGAUUUUUCAACCUGUCCUUCAAUCCAAUUGAGGUUGUGGAAGGCAACAAAAUGCACAAUUUGUUGAGGCUCCAGGCAUUUCAUUUGGUUGGGGGCAGGCUAGUCAGCAUUGAGCCUUAUUCGUUCAGAGGACUCAACUACCUUCGGGUUCUCAAUGUAUCCAGCAAUAGUCUAAGCACUUUAGAGGAGUCUGCCUUCCAUUCAGUUGGCAACCUGGAGACACUGGCUCUUCACGACAACCCCCUGGCAUGUGACUGUCGUCUCCUCUGGGUCUUUCGCCGCCGAUGGAGACUUAACUUCAACCGCCAGCAGCCAUCUUGUGAAUCACCAGAGUUUUUGCAGGGUAAAGAAUUCAAAGACUUCCCGGAUGUUCUCCCUCCGAAUUAUUUCACCUGUCAGAAAUCCAAGAUCCAGGAUCAAAAAGCCAUUCAUAGAUUUGUGGAUGAGGGGACCACUGUCCAAUUUCCUUGCAAAGCAGAUGGAGACCCCGCUCCCAUGAUUAUGUGGCAGUCUCCAAAAAAGCAAAUUAUCACUACAAAAAGCAUUGGCCGGCUGUCUGUGUCUCCGGACGGCACCCUAGAGGUUAGAUAUGCCCAAAUACAAGACAAUGGCACAUACACCUGCAUUGCUGUCAAUGCAGGAGGUAACGACACCCGUUUGGCUCACCUACACAUUCAUAGCUACUCUCCCAAUUGGCCCCAUCAGCCUAAUAAGACCUUUGCCUUCAUCUCAAACCAGCCCAAUGAUAGCGGUGCCAAUGGAACUGGUGCGACGAAUCCCUUUCCCUUUGAUAUGAAGACUCUCAUUAUCGCUACCACCAUGGGAUUUAUCUCUUUCCUGGGAGUGGUACUGUUCUGUCUGGUGCUCUUGUUCCUCUGGAGCCGAGGGAAAGGCAAUGUCAAGCCAAACAUUGAGAUUGAGUAUGUGCCACGGAAAGUAGAUGGAGAAAGCAGCCCGACUGAGGGAUCUCACAAGAUCAGUAUGAAAAUGAUUUAAAAGACUAAUCGCCAUUGUGUGUGCAUUACGUGAAUAUGUGUUCUUGACAACAGACUUACCAGGAGGAAUAAGGGGGUAAUCUCUGCACCCCUUAUGGAAUAGUGAAAAGAACAUUGUUCUGAAAAACAGCCUUUUACAUUUUUUUUUUUACAGAGUGUACAGAUCAAACACACACACACACACACACACACACACACACACGCACACACACACAGGGAUUGUGUCCUCAAAGAGAAAGCAGACAGAUCAUUUGAGGGUUUCAAAAAUCUGUGUACUUGUUCGGGUAAGUGUUGAAAAACAUAGUCCUGUUGAAAUGUAUGUGAAAGACAGAAUUUGGGAGGACCGGUAUAAAUUUAUACCUGUCCUUUGGUGUCUUUUUCUGUACAUAACUAUUUCGAUGUACGUUAGGCAAUACAGUGGUUGAAUGCAGCUGAUAAGAGGAUAUGGGUUGCUGAGCCUACUGGAACGCAUGUGCUAUAUCUAGAUACAUGCAAAGUCUAUAGGUCUAAUUAAAUCACUGUAAAUGUCCAUUACCAACUCUUUAUAAGAGAUCAAUUUGUUUAAAACAAUUUAUUGAUUAGGCUUGACAAUCAUUACUAUCUCAAAGGUCAAGUUAUUAAUCAUUAAACAUGGUUUGAUGGUACGAUUCGAUUUUGACACCUUACAUGGUAUCAUAAAGCCAGAUGUAGCUUUGAAUUUAAAGCCAUUUGCUUCAUCUGAACAUGUGACAAAACUAUUGGACCUGUGGUUGUACUCACCCUAAAGUACUAUUCCAUUUGACAGAUCUCCUCAGUUUUUAUUCACCCACCAUUAAAAAGUUUACAGUUUUAUUGUUUUGGGUUAUAUUUGUCAAUAUGCCAUGCUAUAAUGCAUUUUCUACCACUCUCAUAAGGCAGGUGUUGCUAUAGUUAAAUGUGUUCUACAACCCUUGAAACACUUACAGUGCUGAUUUUUGGACAAUGGAUGGCUGUACAACAUUAAAAUGAUAAGCUUUUAUA